UAACAACCCAGAAAAUAGCUUUCUAUACGCUGUAAACAUGUUCCAGACGACUUCACAAUCCAGCUCCAAAACUUUGUGUACGAUGUGUCUAAUCAGCACAGUCCACGGUUACACAGGGAACGCACAUCCCAGCCAUCCAAAACGCGAAAACCAUCGAGUCCCUACUCGUAAGGGGCUGUGGGCCCUCCUUGACAUUUACCAGACCACCACCACCGGAGGAAGCCCCCAGGACCCCUCAAAAUGGACUUCAACCACAACCGCUGCCACUCUGUCCUGCAGCGCCUCUCCCAGCGAGCCCCGUCCCGUCAGCGCCGCCACCUCCGCCGCCUGCAGCUUGCGGCGCUGCUGGUAGAGCAGCACGCCGUAGUUCUC